UACAGAGCCUUUUUCUUUUGCACCUUUCUCUUUUGCAAAUUAAAAAAAAUUCUUUUUCGGUUUUUUUCUACAUUUAAAUUUUGUCAGAUGAUAGGUGAUAAAAGGAUAUUUAGAUGGUUUCAUUUGCAUUCCUUAAUGUAUUCGUGAGCUAGAAUGCAUUUUCUUGUGAUUACUGGCCAUUUGCGUUUCUUCACCUGUGAACCAUAUACAUAUUUUUUCAGUUUUGUUAUUUUGUUAUAGGAGCUGUACAUAUGUUAAACCUAAAACCCUUCACUGAUGGAUGCAUGCGUUAUUUCAACACAUCUUUGUUGGGUGAAUAUUAUUUAUGAGGCACUCUAGCAAAAUCCAUGUCCUAGAUGUCUCUUCUGAGAUCUUGGCUCUUAUAUUUAUGGGAGAUGACCCCCUGCAGCAAGAAAAGUAUUAGUGCCCAGGUAAACAUGCGUGGCUUGUCAAGGAUCCGAUGCACAGACAGUUCACACUUACUCCUAACCCCCGCAUGGCCACAGCGUAGAAAGGAUGGGUGGGGCAUUAUAUGAGGAGAGCCCUGGCUCAGGAUUGUGAUUUCUGUGAUCUCUAUACUAACAGCAAGAUUUAAAAAAAUUACAUAACAUUUCUGAGUUUGCCUUUUCUGAUUUGUAAAAUGGAAACAAUCAUAGCUACCAAAGACAAUUGUUCUGAGAAGUAAAAGAACAAAUUAUUUUAAGCGUCAUACACAGCGUAGGCUGCAUACGGUACUCAACACCUCUUAGUCCGCUUCCUAACUCAUACCUGUCCUUCCUUUAAAGGAGAUUCCUUUGACAUAAUCCAAAAGGCAUGGUUCCAUAACAAUCACAUGGAAAUGUUAAGAGAAAUGUAAGGUUUCCAUGAUUAAUUAACUUCUGUGUCACUACUCUGUGCUGGGUAAGAAAAAGGAAAACAAUCGCUGAACCAGUUUCCCAGGGUUUGUAAAAGAAAACCAUCAAAGCCACCACCUCAUUUCACUUUAUUUCACAGACUUCUCCAUCUCAUUUUUUAUGUUCUAUGCUAAUUUCUCAAGAAAAACAGGCCCAGCACCACCUCUGCGCACAACCCCGCGGGCCUGGCUCAGGCGGGAGCGCCGGGCCAGCACCAUGAGCACCCCGGGCAGCCCCGACCAGGCCUAUGACUUCCUGCUCAAGUUCCUGCUGGUGGGCGACAGCGACGUAGGCAAGAGUGAGAUCCUGGAGAGCCUGCAGGAUGGCGCAGCCGAGUCCCCAUACAGCCACCUGGGGGGAAUCGACUACAAGACGACCACCAUCCUGCUGGACGGCCAGCGGGUGAAGCUGAAACUCUGGGAUACGUCGGGGCAGGGAAGGUUUUGUACCAUAUUCCGCUCCUACUCUCGUGGUGCACAAGGAGUGAUCCUGGUCUACGACAUUGCAAACCGAUGGUCUUUUGAGGGUAUGGAUCGAUGGAUUAAGAAGAUCAAUGAGCACGCCCCUGGUGUCCCUAAAAUCCUAGUGGGGAAUCGCCUACAUCUGGCAUUCAAGAGGCAGGUGCCCAGGGAGCAGGCCCAGGCCUACGCCGAGCGCCUGGGUAUGACCUUCUUUGAGGUCAGCCCUCUUUGCAAUUUCAACAUCAUAGAGUCUUUCACGGAGCUGGCCAGGAUCGUGCUGCUGCGGCACAGGAUGAAUUGGCUCAGGAGGCCGAGCAAGGUAAUGAGUUUGCAAGACCUCUGCUGCCGCGCCAUCGUGUCCUGCACGCCCGUACACCUAGUCCACAAGCUCCCACUCCCCAUUACCUUAAGAAGCCACCUCAAGUCCUUCUCCAUGGCUAAGGGCCUGAAUGCCAGGAUGAUGCAAGGCCUCUCCUACUCCCUCACCACCAGCUCCACCCACAAGAGCAGCCUCUGCAAAAUGGAGAUCGUCUGCCCACCCCAGAGCCCACCCAAAAACUGCACCAGAAACAGCUGCAAAAUUUCUUAAGGCACCAAAAGGAAACAAGCUGGAAUCGCUCCAGGAAAAACUCUGGUUACACCUGGAAGAUGGAAGUCGCACUGUAGAUUCAAGAAAUUAGUUUUCAGUUUCUCACGGGAACCAUGCUGCUUGGGAAUGUGUGUGAUGCCUUCUGUCAAUAAAAACACAUUACACAGUUUGACUUUGAAUUUCUAUUUGGAUGUGCAUGAAGCUCUUGUUUUAAACGUGUGUUUAUAAAGGGGAAAUUAGUAGUUUGCUCAACUCUUGAUAACAUGAAAUUUUGAAUGUUACUUAUAUAAUAAUCAUGCUGCAACUUUUUCCUUAAAAUAACCGCCUUUGUAAGAAUGGUGAUAUGGCAGUGAUGAGUAUAAAUUCAAGGAAAUUUGAGAAGCAAUGAUAGUGAGAUAAUUCAGUCAUUGAUAUUAUAAGAGGGGCCUUUUUGUAAACAUCCUUUUUAAUGUCAAAGCACCAAUUUAUAAAACGCUGCAGAUGCAUAUAGAGAUUGUAUAUAACAGAUCUGUCCAGCUUGCGCACGAAAUGGAUUUGAUAAAGUUUUUGCUAUGUUAUUUUACUACAUUUGGGGAUUAAUACGUGAUUUAUAUGUAUGUUUUUCUGUAAAUCUACUUUUUUUGUACAAGAUGUUCUACAAGAUAUGAAGCUAAGGGAGGAAAACACCAAAGAUAUCUCUAGUUAUGUUGAACAUAGCCAACAUGGUUUCAAUGGGUCAGUAAGAAAAAAACAUUUCAGUAAGGAAUGAAAUAAGUACUUAUUUGAGAAAAUGUUUCUUAACAAUAAAAAAGUAUAUAUUUUUCUCUUUGGUAAAAUGAAAAGAGAAGAAAAAUAUGUAUAGUGUAAGCCCGCGAGAUGAGGCUUUGCAGAAAAACAAUGCAAUAGAACAUGGCGAGGCAGGCCCAUUAUAAGGCCUUAGGUGAGUCAUUUCCCCUGUGCUGGUCAGUUUUGAUUAACACCUCUCAGAUCAAUAUAGAGGUUAAUGAGAUCACAUCUGGGAAAGCACUUCUGAGACCUUAGAUGGGAAGGAAGGAGAAGUGAUUUCCAUGUAGUUACUUUUCAAUUUACACUGUUGAUUAUUAUAAUAAUUGAUAUUGGAUGAACGGAGUAAAUA